GUGACUCCUGUGAAUCAUUUCAGUUCGACCUAUACUACGUAGUUGAAGCAAUCUCCAAAAAUUUGGACAAAAUGUCCUUUUGCGGAAGUAUUUGCGACGCACUUCUAGAGUAUAACACCUCUAAGAUUGUUCUUAUAAAAAGCAAAAAAGUAGGGCUUAUAAAUCGACUUAUUCAGCUCGCUAUCAUAUGCUAUGUUAUCGGGUUUGUAAUUAUUUAUAAAAAAGGUUACCAAGAGACCGAGAAACCAUACAGUUCUGUCACAACUAAAGUCAAAGGUGUUUCAUUCACCAACCUAACAUUAAAGAGUGGGAAACAGUUUCCGUUAUAUGGUGGUCCUCAUGUGUGGGAUGACGCUGAUUAUGUUAUUCCUCCCGAAGAAAAUGGUGCAUUUUUUAUUGCAACAGACAUGAUAAUCACACCAGAUCAAACACAAAGCAUAUGUCCUGAAAGUCCAGACGUAAAAGGCGAAAUAUGUAGAAACGACAGUGAAUGCCCUGCAAAUCAGCCAACCCGAUAUGGUCAUGGGAUAAGGACAGGCAAGUGUGUCCCGUAUAAUAAAACCAUGAACACUUGUCAAGUGUAUGCUUGGUGUCCUAUAGAAUCAGAUGUCACUCCUAUGCCGAUAUUCACCCCUAGCUUACCAAAAGGAAAACCUCUACUAGAUGCAAGAAAUUUUACAGUAUUAAUCAAGAAUAGUGUGCAGUUUCCAAACUUUAAAAUAUCCAAGAGAAAUAUUGACUCAAAUGCAGACUCGAAGACACUGAAGAAUUGUAUGUACGAUAAGAAAAACUCUCCGCUUUGCCCUAUAUUCAAACUACAAACCAUUGUAGAAGAUGCAGGGGAGAACUUUACUCAGCUUGCCUUUGAGGGUGGAGUAAUGGGAAUCAUUAUUAACUGGCAAUGUGAUUUUGAUUCUCUGUCAUACUCAUGUGAACCAGUCUAUUCAUUCAGAAGACUUGACGAUGCUCAUGCACCUAUUGCAGGUGGUUAUAACUUUAGACAUGCUAAUUAUUAUGUCAAGAAUGAUACUCUCCAUCGAACAUUAUUCAAGUCUUAUGGCAUUCGUUUUGUUGUCACAGUGAUAGGACAGGGAGGCAAAUUUAGCGUAAUACCUUUGUUUCUUAACUUGGGUUCAGGCUUGGCUCUCUUAGGAAUCGCUACAGUCUUAUGUGACAUAGUUGUCCUGUAUGUACUAAGAAGAAAGAACUUCUACCGGGAAAAGAAGUAUCAGUAUGUAACAGAAAACACAGAGCAAGAGACAUUCUUUAACAAAUAUGGCAGCACUCCUUAGAUGUGUAAAUUGGAAUAAUAAACUUGGAAUUCACAUUUAGUCGAACCUUACAAAACCUGGCAAACAUGUAUCCUUGGUAACCAGAUAUUGACAGGAAACUCCUCCAUCCCCUCCCCCUCCCCCUCCCCCUCCCCCCAAAGGGAAGAACACAGUGAAAGAUAAAGAGUGAAGUGACAAAGCUAAUGUUUGGUAAUACACAGUCAUGGUGAAAGACGAAAGACAAUCGAAAAGAAAAGUCACUUCCUAAUUUAAUAUUAAGACAUAACCCAUCGGUUGGUUUGUUGCUUGCUGUCUUUACUUUCAAGUUGAAGAUGGUUAGUAUUCAAUAAAAUAGACCUAUCCCGAA